AUGGCUGCGGGGGACAAUCAAGACUUACGUGGACCAUCUGCAGUGGAUCACGUUGCAGAAGAAAUAUCGAAGUUAGGGCCGGAGCAUCCUCCAACAGCGGAGGCCAGUACCAAUGUCUCAAUGGUGAGAUCCUACAGGAAACCGGUCGUCUCAGCGGUAGCUCCGUUAGGCCCUGGAAUGCCAGAAACCACGCGACCAUCCACCGAGCUGGACAGAAAAGAAGCAAUGCACGAGGAAAGAGCGCUUCUACUGGACAACAACAUUACACCCCCAAAUGUCGGGAACGCCUAUCAACAAGGAGACAUAGAUUCACUGCCAGACGAAGAGGCGCCUGUCCAAAGUCACGACUUGCCAACUGAGGGGGCCCCGUUGCUAACUCCGUCAUCCGGAGGGAAGUCUUCGCAGCAGGAACUUCAUCAGAAGUGGGAAGACGCUGUCCUAGAAGGCAGGAUCCUGACGACAUGGCAGCUGGAAACCAAAACAUUGAGCAAAUCCUCAGCCCCUUUAGUCCUGGCCUUCUUUCUUGAAUACUCCUUGACUGUGGCAAGCAUAUUCACCGUGGGCCAUAUCGGAAAGGUUGAGCUUGGAGCCGUCGCUUUGGCAAGUAUGACUGCCAAUAUCACUGGUUUUGGUAUUUACAACGGCCUUGCUACUGCGCUGGAUACACUCUGCCCGCAGGCCUGGGGAUCUGGAAGGAAAAAGCUUGUGGGCUUACAGACUCAAAGGAUGGUAUUCUUCCUUUGGACCAUUACCAUUCCUAUUGGUGUCGUAUGGAUGUGCGCCGAUUUGAUUCUCAUGAGGAUAGUGCCGGAUAGAGAUGUUGCAGUAUUGGCAGGUAGAUAUCUGAAGAUCCUGAUUCUCGGCGCUCCAGGUUACAGCUUUUUUGAGAGCACCAAACGAUAUUUACAAGCUCAAGGACUCUUCUCUGCACCUUUCUAUAUCCUGCUUGUCUGUGCACCUCUGAACGCUUUCAUGCACUGGCUAUUUGUAUGGAAAUUCAAUUGGGGCUUCAAUGGAGCUCCGAUCGCAGUGGUGAUCACGGACAUCCUACUAGCUACAAGUACCCUUGCCUACAUUGUAUUUCGUGUGGGGCUUGAGUGCUGGCCCGGAUUUUCAAAGCGAGCGUUCCAAAAUUGGAGGCCCAUGAUUCAGCUCGCCAUCCCUGGAUUUCUCAUGGUGGAAGCAGAAAUUGCUGCCUUCGAAUUACUAAGUCUAUUCUCGUCGUUCCUGGGGACUAGCUAUUUGGCUGCAGAAAGCGUGCUCUUUACUCUCGGAGCAUUGACAUUUCAGACUCCGUUCUCGGUAUCAGUUUCCGCGUCCAAUCGAAUCGCCAGCUUGAUCGGUGCCAGCCUUCCUGACGCUGCGAAGACCUCAGCGAGAGUGACAGGCGUCAUGGCAGUCAUAGUUGGCGUUACCAAUGCAAUGUUGAUGAUAAGCCUGCGUGAUAUUCUUCCUAGCCUCUUCACCAAUGAUGCUGAGGUCAUAACAUUGAUCGCCCAGCUGAUACCCGUGAUGGCAGCUUUUCAGCUGUUCGAUGCAGUGGCAUGUUGUUGUAACGGCAUAUUACGUGGUCUGGGGAGACAAAAGGUUGGAGGCUACGUACAAGUCACCGCGUACUAUGCUGUGGCUAUACCCAUCAGUCUGAGCACAGCUUUCGGUCUGGAUUGGCGAUUGUACGGACUCUGGGCGGGUGUCUCCGUUGCCCUCUUCUUGGUUAGCUGUGUGGAAAUCAUUUUCCUCUACAGAACAGACUGGGAGAAAAGCGUGGAGGAUGCAAAGUCUAGGAAUGAAAACGGUUGA